AUGAGAUUGGCGCUCUCAUCCGGCCGCUCGUUGCGGCCAUCGGGAACACAUCGCCUGUUGACAGGCCCAUCAAGUCUACUUUCACGAUUCUACUCUAGCAAACCUUCAGGCCAUCGGACACCGCCUCUCGCUGGCGUGACGGUUGUCAGUCUGGAACAAGCUAUUGCCGCGCCAUUCUGCACCCGGCAACUGGCCGAUCUUGGAGCUCGUGUCAUCAAAGUCGAACGGCCAGGAGUCGGUGACUUUGCGCGCCAGUAUGAUACCCGCGUCAACGGAAUAGCGUCGCAUUUCAUGUGGACCAAUCGAUCCAAAGAGAGUUUGGCAUUGGACCUCAAACAAAGAGAGGACCAUGGAGUCUUGAUGAAACUCCUUGAGCGCGCCGACGUGCUCGUUCAGAACUUGGCCCCGGGCGCCGCUGCACGACUAGGUCUAUCACAUGAAGCCCUGAGAGAACGACAUCCCUCUUUAAUCGUGUGUGACAUUUCCGGAUAUGGCCAAGAUGGUCCAUAUCGCGAUAAGAAAGCAUAUGACCUUCUCAUCCAAAGCGAAGCUGGGAUGCUGUCCGUUACCGGUAUUGGCAAAGAGCCCGUCAAAGUAGGCAUUUCCAUCGCUGAUAUUUCUGCUGGAAUGUACGCAUACACCAACAUCCUGUCGGCGCUAAUGCAGCGUGACAAGGAUGGCCGUGGCUGUCGAAUCGACAUCUCAAUGUUGGAGAGUAUGGUCGAGUGGAUGGGGUUCCCCAUGUACUAUGCUUUCGACGGUGCCCCGGGUCCAGCACCGGCGGGGGCAUCCCACGCCUCCAUCUACCCCUACGGCCCUUUUGUGACAGGUGAUGGUCAGUCGGUCAUGCUCGGAAUCCAGAAUGAAAGGGAAUGGGUCAACUUCUGCAGCGGCGUCCUUUCUCAGUCCGAACUGGCCACAGACUGUCGGUUCUCAAGCAACUCUCUACGAACGCAAAAUCGAGACGAGCUGAAAGCGAUUAUUUGCGGUGUUUUCUCUGAAUUGAGCGCCGAAGAAACGAUUGAACGGCUUGACAAGGCUGUGAUUGCAAAUGCGAAUGUGAAUGACAUGCACGGUGUCUGGAAACAUUCCCAACUCAAGUCUCGCGACCGAUGGUCAGAAGUACAAACCCCAGUAGGGCCCAUUCGGGCUCUUUUGCCGCCUGGAUCGACGAAAAGAGCCGAUCAAGGUGGAUAUGGAGCUCAGAUGGGCGCAGUUCCGAAAGUCGGGGAACACAACCAGGCGAUUUUGGCUGAAUUGGGCUUGUCUAAAUAG